AUCCUGUGAUAGAGUAUAAAAAGAGGUGGCGAGUUAGUCGGAGGCAGGACUCCAGUGAAGUGUCUUCCCCGAGUCAACAGCUAAGCCGUGGUGGGACUUAGCAGCGAUGCCACUGACUUUGACUCAACCGUGCUCCUGGACUUUCCUGAUGCUGUUGCUGUCAAACCUCCUCCUGUGGGAAGGGGUGGCAUCUACGCCCAUGAAUAUCAGUGACGCUGGCCUUAGUGAAGUGUCCCUCAAAGAUCUGGUGAAAAAUGCCCUUAUACUGGCUGAGAACAUCAGUGACCUUGCUACAGACAUGCGCCGAGAAUUUUUCUUCAACAAGUACUCGUCAAGAAUAUUCAAUCAAAUUAUGUUAAAUUUGCAAUGGGACGUGAAUAAGGGGAAAAUUUUAAAACACUGCCACAUUCUUCCCAUCGAAUCUCCAAGCACAAUAGAAGAAUUCAGGAAGAAACUGUUUGAAGACAUUUUGAAUACGACACUACUUAUACUGCGUGACUGGAAAGAUCCUCUGAAAUAUCUAGUGAAACAACUCCAUUCUAUGCCAGGAGUCCCUGAUGUUAUCCUAUCAAUGGCCGAAGCCAUUGAGGACCAGCACAAAAUUUUUCUAGAACACAUGAUGAAGAUAGUACCUAAGGUGAAUCCUGCAAUCCAAGAAAAUGAAGCCACCCGAGUCUGGUUAGAUGUGAGAGCUUUGCAGAUAACUGAUAAAAGGACUCAAUUUUUGGCUCUUUAUAUGUUUUCGCUCUGCCUGCAGCUUGACCUACGAGUAGUUGAAUAUUAUGUCCAUCUCCUAAAAUGUCUGCAUGUGGAUGGUGACAUCUGCUUCUAUCCAACACGUAGUACACCUUCAUGAAGCUUCUUUUAAUUUUAUGCCCUUUGAAUGUAUGCUUAAGUGUAGUGGGUCUAUUAAUAAAAGGCACAAGAU